UAAUUUGUUUUUAUUGCCUAACCAAGAAUAGAUAUUGCGAAUUAAAAAGCUUUCACAGGAGUCGUGGGGAAGGAGAGCAUUUGCCUUGUGUACGAGUAUAUACGAACUAUAAAUUCUGUACGAGAUACUCCUCCCCCAUGGCCAACCACAGUUCUAUGCAUUUAAAGAUUUUGAUUUGUGGAGAGGGCCCUUUGUCCCAUGCUCUCUUUGGCAGAUGGCAGAUGGCCAAAAGCCCUGCGCAGUCCGACUAACUGGAAAAAGUUACUGCUAAAAUGAAAUCCUAAAGCCCUCCCCAGUCUCCACUCUCCCGUCUCCACUCACUUCUCCGAAUCUCCAGACUAAUUCCACAUUUCUACUCCGUAUCCAUACGCAGCAGCUAUGACCAGAAUCAAGGUUCACACCAAAGCGCCAACAUUUUUCAGAGAUUGCAGGUCCUUCAUCCUCGCUGUAUUUGUCGCCAUUCUACUCCUUUAUGCUCUCUGGUCCUUCACUGAAACUGCUUGGACAAACUUAUCCGUCUCCGCCAUUUUUUCAAACGCCAUCACCGACCACUGCACUUCCCAACCCCAAUCCCUCAACCGAACCCACGACCCGCCAGAACCCACGUUUUACGACGACCCGGAACUCUGUUACACCCUAGACAAGCCCAUCGAUAACUGGGACGACAAGAGAAAAUCAUGGCUGAAACUUCACCCCUCGUUUGCCGACAACGUCCAAGACCGCAUACUCCUCCUCACAGGAUCACAGCCCUCACCCUGCAAGAGCCCCAUCGGCGAUCAUCUACUCCUCAGAGGUUUCAAGAACAAAGCCGACUACUGCAGAAUCCACGGCUACGAUAUCUUCUACAGUAAUGCUUGUUUUGACCCGAAAUUGUGCAACGUCUGGGCUAAAGUAGCUGUAAUUCGAGCUUCCAUGGUGGCCCACCCGGAAGCCGAGUGGAUCUGGUGGAUGGACUCGGAUGCCAUCAUCACCGACAUGGACUUCAAAAUUCCGUUACAGAGGUACAAGGAGCACAAUCUCGUGGUACCCGGCUGGCCCAACUUGGUUUACGAGAAGAAGAGCUGGGUAGCUGUAAACACCGGGAGUUUCCUGAUGAGAAAUUGUGAAUGGUCCUUGGAGUUCUUGGAUGUUUGGGCGAGCAUGAGCCCGCGGAGCCCCGAUUACAAGUAUUGGAGCGAAACGUUAAUGUCCACCCUUUCGGAUAAGGUGAUUCCAGGAGCUGAUGAGCAAUCGUCUCUAGUUUAUUUACUAUUGAGGGAAAAGAAGAAAUGGGGAGACAUGAUUUAUCUGGAAAAUCAGUAUUACUUGCAUGGCUAUUGGGUCGAAAUUGUGGGGAGGUUAAAUAACAUAAUUAAGAAGUAUUUGGAUACAGAGGCAAAGGUGCCGGUGCUGAGGAGGAGAGUUGCGGAAGUGGUGAGUGAGAGCUUGGAUGGGGUGUGGGAGAGGUACCUGAGAGAUGCCGGUGGUUUUGGAAAUAGUGGGUGGAGACGGCCGUUUAUUACUCAUUUUACCGGAUGUCAGCCGUGUACCGGAAAACAUGACCCGGCGUACAAGGGGAACGCCUGCUGGGUUGCGAUGGAGAAGGCUCUGAAUUUUGCCGAUAAUCAGGUUCUCCGGAGGUAUGGUUUUAUGCACCCGGAAUUAGGGAAUGGGUCGUCGGUGUUUCCAGUUCCCUUUGAUUUUCCGGCCGACGAGAAGGAAGAAUUGGUGUAGAGUUGAGUGGAGGAGGUAAGUAAAGGGCGGUUGUGUCUGUAUUUUGUAUAGUUUUGUCUUGCUCUCUUUGUAUCCAUCCAUCAAAAUGGUGAAGUGAGAGAACAAAAGCAAACGAUUCUCACGGAGGCUUCGCCAAGGUCCUCAAUCGAGUGAAUUUCAAGUUCAAGAGCUUUUACGAAUGCCUUUUUUGUCAAUAUAAAAAGAGAAUUAAUUUGGUUGUUUGCACUAUUAGCAGGGUAUUAGACUAAUACCUUUUGUU